AUGGCUCCAGAGAUCCAGAUGCCAGAACCCAUGUGCCUCAUUGAGAACAAUGAGGAACAGCUAGUGGCCAACCAGGAAGCUCUGAAGAUUCUGUCAGCCAUUACACAGCCGGUGGUGGUGGUGGCCAUCGUGGGCCUUUACCGUACAGGCAAAUCCUACCUGAUGAACAAGCUGGCUGGGAAGGAGAAAGGCUUUUCUGUUGGAUCCACUGUGCAGUCUCACACCAAGGGCAUCUGGAUGUGGUGUGUGCCUCACCCCCAGAAGCCUGACCACACCCUAGUUCUGCUUGACACGGAGGGCCUGGGAGAUGUUGAGAAGAUUAAUGAAAACAAUGAUACUCAGAUCUUCGCAUUGGCAAUCCUUCUCAGUAGCACCAUUGUAUACAACACCAUGAACAAAAUUGACCAGGGGGCUAUCGACCUACUGCACAAUGUGACAGAAAUGACAGAUCUUCUCCGGACAAGAAACUCCUCUGACCUUAAUGAAAGUGAAGAAGCGGCUGACAUGAGCUUCUUUCCAGACUUGGUGUGGACUCUGAGAGAUUUCUACCUGAGUCUGGAAACAGAUGGGCGUGCCAUCACAUCAGAUGAGUAUCUGGAGAAGUCGCUGAAGCUGAAGCAAGGUAGUGAUGAAAGAACUGAAAUAGUCAAUCUGCCACGACUAUGCAUACAGAAGUUCUUCCCAGUGAAGAAAUGCUUUGUUUUUGAUUCCCCCACUAAGAGAAAUAAGCUUUCCCAGCUUCAAACACUCAAUAGUGAUGAGCUGAGUCCUGAAUUUGUGCAGGAGUUGUCCGAAUUCUGUUCUCACAUCUUCAUACAUUCGAAGACCAAGUCCCUCCCAGGAGGCAUCCAAGUCAAUGGACCUUGUCUAGAAAGUUUGGUGCUGACCUACGUCGAUGCCAUCAAUAGUGGUGCUCUGCCCUGCAUACAGAAUGCAGUGGUAGCCUUGGCCCGGAGAGAGAACUCUGCAGCAUUGCAAAAGGCUGUCACCCACUAUGACCAGCAGAUGAGCCAGAGGGUGAAGCUGCCCACAGAGACCCUCCAAGAGCUGCUGGACCUGCACAGGACCUGCAGGAACGAAGCCAUGGAAAUCUUCAGGAAGCAUUCUUUCAAGGAUGAGGACCAAUGUUUCCAGAAGAAGUUGGAGACCCUACUAAGUGAAAAGCAGGAUGAGAUUUGUAAGAAGAACAAGGAAGCCUCUGCAGACCACUGCUCAAACCUACUUCAGAGUAUUUUUAAGCCUCUGGAACAAGAAGUGGCACAGGGGAUCUAUGCUAAACCAGGAGGCCACAGUCUUUUCCUUCAGAAGAUGGAACAGCUGAAGGCACAGUAUCUUCAGCAGCCGGGGAAGGGAACACAGGCUGAGGAAGAGCUUCAGAAGUAUUUGAAGACCAAAGAACAACUGAGCAAUACAAUUCUACAAACAGACCAGGCUCUCACAGCCAAGGAGAAUGCGAGGAAAGCUGAACAACAAAGAGCAGCGGCUGCCAGGGCUAAAGCACAGAGGUUGGAGGCAAUUCGAAUCCAGGAAGAACAAAAGAGAGCAGAGCAGGAUAGACUCCAUCAAGAGAAACUGAGGCAAAUGGAGAGGCAAAUGGAGAUUGACAAAGCAAACUUCCAGGCAGAGCAAAAGAGGAUCAGGGAACAGAGGAUCCAGGAAGAGGCUGCAAAGAUCAAGGCAGAACAAGAAGCUCAAAUCAGACAAAUCAAUGAACAGCUUCAAAAAGCGAGAGAAACGGUCUAUUACUCACGACCACAUAACCAAUGUAUCUUAAGCUAACCACCAAAGGAAGGACUUCCUUUCCUUGCUGCUUCUCACUGAAGACACAAAGGAGCAAGAGACUAAAGGACUCAAGACAACCCAGUAGUUAUAAAACC